GGGAUUUUAUUGAAAAUAUGAACUGUUUAUAAUUGUUUUUCUUUUUAAAGAUGGAUGGAAUAUUAGAUAAUAUAUUAGACAACUUCAAUAUUUCAAUUGGUUAUACACCACUAACAUCUAAUACGUCAGAUAACAUAUCUGGGAUCAAAGCCGGAUUUGACUGCUACUUCUGUAACGAGGACGUCACUUUAAGAAAUAAGCCCUUCGUGUAUAAAUUUGGAUCAAAUAUAUUCUCUUAUAUUACACCAAUCAUUUUUGUCAUCGGCGUCGUUGGAAAUAUUCUAUCUUUGUUAGUAUUUAGGUCCAAAAAGAUGAGAAAAUUAUCAGCAAGUUUAUACUUAGCUGCAUUAUCAAUGUCUGAUAUUUCUUCUCUGAUAUUUUAUGUGCUAGUGGAAUGGCUUCGAAGAGGAUUAAAACACAUCAGUCCUGACACGGAUGUAUCCUUUCUUAAUAGACAUGGAUUAUGUCAGUUUCUUCUGUACAUGGCUUAUAUAUCAAGAUUGAUGUCUUCUUGGAUUAUUGUAGUGUUCACUAUUGAAAGAUUUAUGGGUGUGUGUUACCCACUAAAAAGUUUAAAAAGAGGAGCCGGAAAGAUCUUACUUACAAUGCUUGCCUGUUCCUGCUUGUUGGUUUUGUACAAACCUAUCCUGAGUGGAGAGUACACGCAAAUGCAUAGAACAGUGUGCACUGCUAAUGCUGAUUAUAAAUUUCUGUCAUUUGCUCUUGAUGGAGUGUUUGCUAUCACGAUAACUUUAAUACCGUUCAUAAUUAUAACUGCUUUAAAUAUCCUUAUUGUAAGGAAACUUUUCAUAAGAAAUAAAGAAAGCAGGAAUAUCGUUUCAGACAAUUCAACUAUUAGAUUAGAAUUUACACUUAUACUAUUGGCUAUUUCAUUUUUCUUUGUUGCAUUUAACUUACCAUAUUCUGUUGUUUGGGCAAGGAACUUCUUUCAAUCUGCUGAAAUAAGCCCUUCCAGAACCAGGAAAGCAGCUGAUGUCGAGUAUUGGAGUGGCGUCCUAAUGAUAACACGAACAAUUUUCUAUAUGAAUUAUUGUAUAAACUUCUUUUUGUACAGUAUAACUGGUAAAUAUUUUCGCACUGCCUUAGUUGAGAUGCUUUCUUGCCAUUCUUCAAAUGAAAGCAGAUAUGGGUCAUACAUAAAAUGUAGACGAUUAGGGUCCACCACAACACAUACGACACUCUGUGGUAAGCUAAGCGGAUCUGUGAAAUCGUAUGGUGAUAGCCCUAUGUAA